CGUGUUUUGAAAGCGGAGCUGUCAUCGCAGCCAUCGACGCCACCGGCGCUUGAGAGAAUCAAAUGUAACCGUGCCCCUGAAACUCCACCAUGGUUUCAGCUACGAGGCGCUCCCGCGGCCUGAUACCGUCCGCCACGGCGGCUCUGCUGCUGCUGCUGCUGACGGUCGGCCGCGGGGAGAGCGACGUGAUGGACAACGUCGCCACGGAGCGGAUGGCUGAGGAGAGCCACCGCCAGGACAGCGCCAACCUGCUCAUAUUCAUAAUGCUCUUAACGCUCACCAUUUUGACCAUUUGGCUCUUCAAACACAGGAGAUUCAGGUUCCUGCACGAGACUGGGCUGGCGAUGAUCUACGGAUUGUUGGUGGGUGUCAUCCUGCGCUUUGGCGUUCACAUACCUGCCAGCAUGUCCGACGUGGUCUUGAGCUGCGCUGUCAACGCCAGUCCUGCCACCCUGCUGGUGAACGUGAGCGGGCGUUUUUACGAGUACACUCUGAAGGGCGAGGUCAGCCGCGGGAAGGGCCACCAGCUGCAGGACGACGAAAUGCUGAGAAAGGUGACCUUUGACCCGGAGGUGUUUUUCAACAUUCUGCUGCCGCCCAUCAUCUUCCACGCUGGUUACAGUUUAAAAAGGAGACAUUUCUUCAGGAACAUUGGCUCCAUCUUGGCCUAUGCCUUCAUGGGCACAGUCAUUUCCUGCUUUGUAAUCGGGCUGAUCAUGUACGGCUUUGUGUCCUUCAUGAAAGUGGUUGGCCAGCUGGGCGGAGACUUCUACUUCACAGACUGUCUCUUCUUCGGGGCUAUUGUUUCUGCAACUGACCCAGUGACGGUGCUGGCCAUCUUCAACGAGCUGAAGGUGGAUGUGGACUUGUAUGCGCUGCUCUUCGGGGAGAGCGUUCUGAACGACGCCGUGGCAAUCGUCCUCUCUUCGUCCAUCGUGGCGUACCAGCCGGCCGGGGACAACAGCCACAGCUUCGAGGCCAUGGCCUUGUUAAAGUCCUUCGGUAUCUUCCUCGGGGUCUUCAGCGGAUCCUUCUCUCUCGGAGUCGCCACCGGAGUCAUGACGGCCUUCGUCACCAAGUUCACCAAGCUGCGAGACUUCCCCCUGCUGGAGACGGCGCUCUUCUUCCUCAUGUCGUGGAGCACCUUCCUCCUCGCCGAGGCCUGCGGGUUCACAGGUGUGGUCGCGGUGCUGUUCUGCGGCAUCACUCAGGCCCACUACACCUACAACAACCUCUCUCCUGAGUCCCAGGACCGGACCAAACAGCUCUUUGAACUGCUCAACUUCCUGGCGGAGAACUUCAUCUUCAGCUACAUGGGUCUGACGCUCUUCUCCUUCCAGUCACACGUCUUCAACCCGCUCUUCAUCAUCGGAGCUUUUGUGGCGGUGUUUCUGGGUCGCGCUGCUAACAUCUACCCGUUGUCUUUCUUGCUCAACCUUGGACGCAAAAAUAAGAUUGGAUCCAACUUCCAGCACGUCAUGAUGUUCGCAGGUCUGCGCGGUGCGAUGACCUUUGCCCUCUCCAUCCGUGACACGGCCACCUAUGCCCGUCAGAUGAUGUUCUCCACGACGCUCCUCAUCGUUUUCUUCACCGUGUGGAUCUGCGGAGGUGGCACCAUGCCCAUGCUCUCCUUCAUGAGUAUCCCGGUCGGGGUGAACCCAGAUCAGGAAAAUUCGAGCUCCACCAUGUUGGACGGGUCACAGAGGAGGAACACCAAACACGAGAGCGCCUGGCCUUUCAGGAUCUGGUACAACUUUGACCGGAACUACCUGAAGCCCCUGCUGACCCACAGUGGACCCCCACUCACCGCCACACUGCCUGCCUGCUGUGGCCCGCUGGCUCGCUGCCUCACCAGCCCACAGGCUUAUGAGAACGAAGGACGGCUCCACGAUGAAGACUUGGACUUCAUCCUGAAUGACGCCAACGUGAGCUCCAUGUACGCCGACGUCACCGUCAGCACCGAUGUGUCCGGAUCUCACUUGAAGAACAUGAAGGGUUCCUCUAUGGGGCGCACGGGAGCAAACCUGUCCGACGACGCGCUAGACCGGGAGCUAGCGCUGGCCGACAGCGAGGUAGCGAUUCGGGGAACGCGUCUGGUCCUGCCCAUGGACGACCCGGUGGAGCCGCCCACCACAGUCACGCUCCCGCCACCGCCCUCGCCCCCGCACUCGGACCCGCGACGGCACAGACUGUGAGAACUCUUGUUUUGACAAUAACAAGUCAUUGUUGUUGUUGUGAAAGUCCCGUAGAAUCUUGUGAUGACGACCUUCUUAUACGACGUGGACGUGAAAACACUAAAAAUCCUGAAUGUGAAAAAAAGCAUAUGCGCAGUUCUACACUGUCCGUAAAACAGCUCAACAAAAUCAGACCGUUCUUUGUCGAAAUUAACUUUACAACUUAACAGGACACAGACAAUCACUCAAGUAACAUGCAUGCAUUUGUCUGAAAUGAGGGAGGAAAUCAGAGGAAACCGGGAGCACACAGAAACUCCACAGAUUAGAACGAGACAUUCGCCUAGUUUGGUUCCUCCCGAGAAGAAUCCAGCACCUAUCUCUCUGCUCAAUCCCAGCACUCCAGGGUGAAAGCUGGCUACCAUCAACAACCAGGUUCAGUGAUACCAGAAGGUCAACCUGAAGCUGUGAGAUCAUCUGGGUCAAGUUAAGGUGGUACCCGGCUUCAGUAUCACAAAACACAACCGCCUACUUCAGGAUGUUGUCUAAAGACGUGGUAGCUGCACUUGCCACGGCACCCCAAAACAGAUCUGGAUCCGAAACUUAUCCAGGGAAAGGACUUUGUCAUUCCUCCUCCAUUCGUGUCUCCGUAACGCCUCAAUCCAUCAAAGGUACUGACAAAAGGUUUCCAGUCUUGACGGUGAAACUGAAUUAUAAUGACAAACCGCCACUUCGGUCCAAAUCUUUCACCUCUAACUAUAACCCCUGUGCUGCCUGCCUCCUCCUUCCUUCGAAGACCAGUACUUAUGUCAUGAAUUUUUAUUUAUUAUUUAACGUAUUUAUUAAUUUAUUGACUUGAAUGAACAAUAACAUAAAACACUAGAAUCAUCUCGAAGGGUCGCGCUUGGAUGACAGCGAUGUAGCAUCGACUCCUGCAAGCUUCCGGGUGUGAAUACGGCGAGGGCUCAACUGUUGUGGAUUUAAGUGCCUAAUAUGAGAUUAUAGUUUCCCCUCAUGUUUUGUCGUUCAAAAACUUUAUGAUGAAAACAGUAAAACGGAGCGUUACGGAGUGUUUGUAGUCAAGUGAAACAUAGAUACAUUUGCACGUGUUUCCUUUUUCGAUAAAACUUGUGUGUGAGAAAACAAAAACUUCAUCUGAAGAUGAAACCUGUGUUUAACACCUGUAAAAGUGUGGUUUUCUAACCUUGUGUGUUUGGUUUUUAAUUUAUAUGCUUCGUUUCUGUCUGAUGAUGAUGAUGCGGAAGUAAAUACUAAGUCGCCCAAUGUCUUAGACUCUGAUCUCAUUUCUGCCUCAAAGCAUGACAUCAUAAUCAAGCGCCAGGGAGACGGAUGAAGGCUAGAGGCUGAAACUAGUGUUGUAGUCCAGACCACAACCCCACCGAGACCAAGACGCUAUAGUGACU